AAAGAAAUAUAUGCUUUGGAAUAGUCGAACAAAACUGUUUAUUGAAUUUUUCUCUCUGUGUAAUAUCGUAACUGUGAAUUGUCUACUCGUUUACUAUUUUUUUACGAUCACCAAAUAUACACAAACUGUAUACGAAAUGUAAAUUCACAGAGUUAGUUUACUUUGAGAUUGCACGGCAUUGCAGAUGAGACUAUAAUGCAAGAGGUUGUGAAGGAGGGUUGCGCAGUAUUGAAUUUACUGGAUACUUAGAACGCCGUCACGCGCCGUACGUCAAGCUUUGGAGAAUCCUCGGCGCAAAAUCUUUUAAUGAGCUUAGUGAGUCUAGAAGCCUUAUAUCGGCAAGGUAAAUGCGAAAAGCGACAAACCGUUGGUGGCAGUUGCGUGCGUCACGUCAUUGGGAUUUCUUCGUCCUCUAUAAAAGGCUCCGGGGGAAAAAAAAAAAACGCUGCUUUGAAUUCGUACGCACGUUUAAGAUCGUCGAAAAAGAGGAAAACGCAUGUUACGAUGAUCGCUAUAUGAUCAAAAUGAAGAAACGCGGAAGUAAGGAGAAUAAGGAUAGUAAGAGUUGCCAAAGUGGUAACAACGCAAUAGAUAAAACGGAUUCGGGGGACCUGAGCGAUGAUGAGAAUCAAGGCUUCGGAAAUUGGCUCCGGUCUGGUUCUGGUGUCGAAAUGAUGCGGCUCUUCGUGAUCGCGAAUUCGAUUUUGGUUUUCGUGACGAUGGCUUGGCCGAACAUGAGAGAAUCCUUCUACAUCAUCAAAGACUAUUUCGUGGGAGAGGAGGAGUAAAUAAUCUUUCAAUUAAGAAGCUUAGGAAUAAUAUAUAUAAUACGUUAUAUGUUGUAAAUUUAAUCAGUUUUAAGCAUGGCAAUUUACAUUUACAUUCUUACACACAAUUAUUAGCUAUAUUUGCUAACACCAGCCUUAUUCUUUUUGUUCAUAUUAAUUAUUAAUUAGUCUUAAACAAUAUCAAUAUAUAUUUGUAAUUAAUUAAAUAUAUGUUAAUAUCGAAAGUAAGAAACAGUAGAAUUUAUAAUAGAUGGCAAAUAAAUAUUAAUUUUAUAGGAAUUGUUAAAAAUUAUAUAAUAACUCUUUCAUUAUUUAUAAAAAUUAUAAGAGGGUAUUAAAUUCAACACGAUUGUGAAUUAUAUUAUCAAUUAAUAAAUAGAUAAAUCAAGAAAAACACUGA